CCACAUCCCGCCCGGAGAGCCGUUGUGCGAUGCGAUUCACAGUCAGCACAGCCCUGUGCGCGAUCACCUGGCGCACGCCCUGUUUGCUUCAUACUUGCCUCACUCCGUCAUUGCGCGCUCUCUCCAUGCGGCUCAAACUCUCCGGCGAACUACAGAAGAUGCCUGCCUGCCCCAGCAUCCUCAUGUCCACCUCCCCGCUCCAUCUUCUUUAGAUAUUCAUGCCGGCUCUAUCUGCGCUUCCUGUGCUAGACGACCUUGCCAUUCGAUCUCAAGCCGCCGCCGGCGACGCUCUGCAAGUGGUGUGUGCCUGGCCGCUCUCUGGACAGUACGGAUUAGGCUCUAGGCUGCUAUACUACGUCCUUGUAGCCGCUUGCGUCUUCGCACGAAAGAGAGAAUGGCUGAGGAACGCCUGCUUAGCGGCGGCGUUGGUGUUCCCGGCCGUUGCUGCAAUUCACGGCAUCGUGCUCGCAUCCAUUCACGUCAAUGGAGCUGUUGAUAUGGACAUUUACGGCGCCUUCCAGCUUUGCUCUAUCGGUAUCUUGGCUGCUCCUUUAACCGUUAGGCUCUCUCGAACCUAUUUCUACGACCCAGGCCGCAACAUCAUCUUCUUGUGGACUCUUCUUAUCCUGGCCGGGCUGCUUGGCUUGACCGUCGAGUUCUAUCGGGCCACGCCAACCGACUGCGGCUAUGACGACGCCGGACAGCCGAUCGCACGCAAUCCAAAGCAAUUUCCUUAUGGAAAGGCCACAUGCGGCAUGGUUUGCUCUCCAGACCAGGGCCCACAGUCUCCAAUGAGGCAAGGCCCUUCGAAUGACAUCGGUGUGAUACCCAUACCAAGCAAACUCACUUUCAACACCGGCAUGUUGCUUGCCGCCGCCUGUUGCAUUCCCGCUAUCCUGUCGCUCAUGUUCACAUGGGACAAAAUUCUUGAAAUCAACUGGAAGAUGCGGCACAGGGAUGCCGCUGAAGAUCAAAGAAUGGACGAGCUCAUCGAAGGCACAAACGGUGCUACCGUCCAAAAAAUGAAAGAUGUCAACAGCAUGGUCAGGUUUCUGCUGGGCGUUAUCGAGAUCCCACUUUUCGGUGGUGCUGUCCUCGCAAUUCUCUGCAUCGGCGAGAUCAACUUUUUCAGUGCUCAAGUCAUGUACCAGACAGAAGAAAUUGCCAGCAUCGGUCAAUGGGCCCCCAUCGCAGGUACUUCGCUUGCUGCCAUAGGCUCUUUAUACGUCCUCUUGACAAAGGGUGUGGAUGUGGAAAAUGCAGCCGUAGCCACGAAUGGUUUCGUCAGUCACUGCAAUUGCUCGCAUCACAUCCAGCGGCAUCCGACCCUAACCAUUCAGUCGGAUGGGGACUAUUCGCCCAGAGAAUAUUCGCCAAGUCAUAGGAGCUUCCAUGGCAAUACUUCCGAUACGAAUCCGCGCUUAUCGAACGAAUCGCGCCAUACUGCAAGUCAAUCCAUGACAGAGCAGGCCAGGCCAUCCACUCCGGCGGAUCCGGGUGGUAGACGCAGAGUAGCUGAAAUAUUGAGGGCGGCAGGCGACUAUCUCGGAAGCGCUGCAGACGACAGGUACGACACGUCCGCAUACAACCAUAGUCGGGCGCGCGAGUUUCCUGAGAUCCCUGGCGAGGAAAGGAGAAACCCGGAACUGUCUGAAAUCAGGAGGCAGUACAGCCAGCGAAGGGAAGCAGUACUCCGCGAAGAGCAUUCGAGAGCGGGUAGUUCUGCCGCCAGUAUAUCCUCCCAUUCCGGGAUCGAGGGCGGAUCCAGCCCUCCUCUGGAUUCGUCGCCGUUUCCAGAAUCCACCAGAGGCCGACCUCAGGCCCGGAGGGAUACGCUGGAAGUCCCUUCUCCGGCGUAUCAUAGGACUUGAAAUAUAUGACCCGCCGAGGCAUCUGUGCGCAAUCGACAAUGUGAACUCUGAUACUCGCCAGGACGUCAUUCUUCUAUUUCCGAACACUCCGCAACACCGAAAUCAUAUCAUCCGCCAACUUCCAGCCCUUGGUGCGCGCUCGAAGCUCGUUCUUGACUCGGAUGUAUUGGCCUGAAAUUAAAUCGACGGGAAAUUGGGCCAACACGACGGCUCGAUCGCCACGGCUAC